AUGGUUCAACUCAACAACGCCCUCGCGGGCAUGAUCGUUGGCGCUGGCGCCCUUGUUGCCGCUGCUCCGGCUCCAGCUCCCACUGCUGCUCCUAACCUCAAGGAUGCUCAGAUCGGCAAGCGUGCUGAUUCCUGCACUUUCACCGAUGCCUCUGCCGCCAGCGCCUCCAAGUCUUCUUGCGCCACCAUCAUCCUCAGCGACAUCACUGUCCCUGCUGGUGAGACGCUCGACUUGACCGACCUUGAGGACAACACCUAUGUCGAGUUCCAGGGCACUACCAGCUUCGAGUACGAAGAGUGGGAGGGCCCGCUCGUUUCCUUCUCCGGCACCGGUAUCACCAUCACUGGUGCUUCUGGCCACGUCCUUGACGGCAACGGUGCUAAGUGGUGGGACGGCGAGGGUUCCAACGGCGGCAAGACCAAGCCCAAGUUCUUCUACGCCCACAAACUCAUCUCGUCCACCAUCAAGGGCCUGAACAUCAAGAACACCCCCGUCCAGUGCAUGUCCAUCAACGGCGCUGAGGAGCUUUACGUUCAGGACGUCACCAUCGACAACAGCGACGGUGAUGAGACUAACAGCGAUGGUGAUGCCCUCGGCCACAACACUGAUGCUUUUGAUGUCGGCUCUUCGACUGGCGUGUACAUCUCUGGAGCCAACGUUCAGAACCAGGACGACUGCCUGGCCAUCAACUCUGGCGAGUCCAUCUCUUUCACCGGCGGAACCUGCAGCGGUGGCCAUGGUCUCUCCAUUGGCUCUGUUGGCGGCCGUAGCGACAACGAUGUCAAGAACGUCACCAUCUCGGGCUCCACCAUCAAGAACUCCCAGAACGGCGUGCGCAUCAAGACCGUCUACGAUGCCACCGGCACCGUCGCCGACGUCACUUACUCGGACAUCACCCUCUCCGGCAUCACCAAGUACGGUAUCGUCAUUGAGCAGGACUACGAGAACGGUUCUCCUACUGGCGAGCCCACCGACGGUGUCCCCAUCACCGGUCUUACCAUCGAUGGUGUUACUGGUACGGUUGAGGAUGAUGCUACUCAGGUCUACAUCCUCUGCGCCGAUGGAGCCUGCAGCGAUUGGACGUGGUCUGGCGUCAGCAUCACUGGAGGAGAAGCCAGCAGCAAGUGCGAGGGUGUUCCUGAUGGAGCCUCUUGCUAA